AAAGAGUCAUUAACAGUUAGAAGUUGAUGGCAGUUCCAAUAACAAGUCAGCACUGAGGAAAGGAUAACAUUGUAAUAUGCAGAAGUCUACAAAUUCUGAUACCUCUGUGGAAACACUGCAUCCCACCCGCCAAGGCGCUGGAGCUGUGCAAAUGAGAAUCAAAAAUGCCAACAGCCACCACAGCAGGCUGAGCCAAAGUAAAUCCAUGAUCCUCACCGAUGUUGGGAAGGUCACUGAACCUGUAUCCCGGCACAGAAGGAAUCAUUCACAGCAUGUCUUGAAAGAUGUCAUUCCUCCACUGGAACAAUUGAUGGUUGAAAAAGAAGGUUAUCUUCAAAAAGCUAAAAUUGCAGAUGGAGGAAAGAAACUAAGGAAAAACUGGUCUACUUCCUGGAUUGUUCUUUCUAGUCGAAAAAUUGAAUUUUACAAAGAAUCCAAGCAGCAGGCUCUGUCUAAUAUGAAAACUGGGCACAAACCAGAAAGUGUGGAUUUGUGUGGGGCAUAUAUUGAAUGGGCCAAAGAAAAAUCAAGCAGAAAGAAUGUCUUUCAGAUCACAACAGUAUCAGGAAAUGAGUUCCUUCUGCAGUCAGAUAUUGACUUCAUCAUAUUGGAUUGGUUCAACGCUAUCAAAAAUGCAAUUGACAGAUUGCCAAAGGAUCCAAGUAGUCCUUCAAGAAACCUGGAAUUAUUUAAAAUUCAGAGAUCCUCCAGUACUGAACUACUAAGUCACUAUGAUAGUGAUAUAAAAGAACAGAAACCAGAGAACAGGAAAUCUUUAAUGUUCAGACUGCAUCAUAGUGCUUCUGAUACAAGCGACAAAAACCGAGUUAAAAGCAGAUUAAAGAAGUUUAUUACCCGAAGACCUUCCCUGAAAACUCUGCAAGAAAAAGGACUUAUUAAAGAUCAAAUUUUUGGCUCUCAUCUGCACACAGUGUGUGAACGUGAAAAUUCCACAGUUCCGCGGUUUGUAAAGCAGUGCAUUGAAGCUGUCGAAAAAAGAGGUCUAGAUGUUGAUGGAAUAUAUCGAGUUAGUGGCAAUCUAGCAACAAUACAGAAGUUAAGAUUUAUUGUCAACCAAGAAGAGAAGCUGAAUUUGGACGACAGCCAGUGGGAGGACAUCCACGUUGUCACCGGAGCACUGAAGAUGUUUUUCCGGGAGCUGCCUGAGCCGCUCUUCCCUUACAGCUUCUUUGAGCGGUUUGUGGAGGCGAUCAAAAAGCAAGACAAUAACACAAGAAUUGAAACUAUAAAGUCUCUUGUACAAAAACUCCCUCCACCAAAUCGUGACACCAUGAAAGUCCUUUUUGGACACCUAACUAAGAUAGUGGCCAAAGCAUCCAAGAACCUCAUGUCCACGCAAAGCCUAGGCAUUGUAUUUGGACCCACCCUUCUGCGAGCUGAAAACGAGACGGGGAACAUGGCGGUGCACAUGGUGUACCAGAACCAGAUCGCCGAGCUCAUGCUGAGCGAGUACAGUGAGAUCUUUGGCUCGGAGGAAGACUGACAGACAAGACGAGUUACUAUGUUCACAUCUGUCUCGAUGCCUAAUAUUUUUACAUUUCUGUAAACAUAUUUCUGAAAUAUUUUUUUCCUUUCAAGCGACAGAUGCCUCAUUUUGUGAAAACUUAAUGAUGAUUUUGUGUUUAAGUUCCAAACAUUUGAAUAAAAUAGUUGACAAUA